UUCCAUCACUUUGGCAAAAUGGCAGCCCCUAGUAUCUAAACCGAAAAUCUGUCAUCUUCCUCGUUGGGAAAGGCAGACAAACAUUCACAGGUGAUACUAAGAUGAGCAGCACCACCAUCAUGGACAACAAUAGAGAGAAGAGAUUGUCUCUCCACGGAUCCACUGCUUUGGUCACCGGAGGCUCCAAAGGAAUCGGUCAUGCCAUAGUUGAAGAACUAGCAACGCUGGGCGCCACCGUGCAUACAUGCGCUCGGAAUGAAGCAGAGCUCAACCAAUGCUUACAAAAAUGGCAAGAACGCCAACUCCCUAUCACUGCAUCAGUCUGCGAUGUGUCUUCAAAAGAUGAACGCGAGAAACUCAUGGAGACAGUAUCUGCUAUGUUUCAUGGGAAGCUUAACAUUCUGGUCAAUAAUGUAGGCUCAGGGCCUAUAAAACCAGCAAUGGAUCACACAGCUGAAGAUUACUCGGUCAUAAUGAGCACCAAUUUUGAAUCAGCCUUUCAUCUGAGCCAACUUGCUCACCCUCUCUUUAAGGCUUCAGGCUCAGGCAACAUCAUCUUUAUCUCCUCCAUUGCUGGGCUCGUUGGUGGUGGUCAGUGUUCCCUUUAUGCAGCAAGUAAAGGAGCAAUGAAUCAGUUGACCAAAAAUCUUGCUUGCGAGUGGGCGAAAGACAAUAUUAGAUGUAAUUGCAUUACCCCUGGGCCUAUCAAAACCCCUCUUGCACAAUGGCUACUUGAAAAUAAAGAGCUUCUCGACAAAGUAGUUUCUCGUAUUCCAUUGGGACGUAUUGGUGAGCCAGAGGAGGUGGCAUCCCUUACAGCAUUCCUCUGUUUUCCUGUGGCUUCGUAUAUUACCGGUCAAGUUAUAAGCGUUGAUGGAGGAAGUUCAAUCAAUGUUUUAGCUAGGAUGAAAUAGUCUAAUGUAUAGUGUUUUAUGUUGUGUUAGAAUGUUUGUGUAGUUUAUCUGUUUAGUGGGGAGUGUGGAGUGUAUAGCGUUUCUAUGUUGCAUGGAAGGAUAAGUAUAUGCCAGUGUGUGAUUAAACAAUUUGAAAUUAUGGAUGCAUGUAUGUAUGUGUAUGCCCGUGUGAACAAGGUAAAAUUAUAGAUGUAUGUGUGUGUGUUUGAUGGAUAAUGCCAAGUGAUAAUGAUCACGUCACUCUUCUAUUGGAGUUACAAUAUAAUGGCAAUAGAGGAUUCAA